UCACUAGUUUGCAGUCGGUCGCCCGCGCGCGCUCUCCGUCUCCCCCGACCUGCCAUGGAUGUUACGCCGGUUAAAUACGCGCUCAUCAUCAUCAUCGUCACUCCUCUCCUGCUCCACUUCCAGCACACAGCGGCUCUCUACAUCACCCGCAGCACAGCUUCCCUGCAGCAUGUCCUGAAGGAGUACUCCCUGGUGAAGCCGGUGAGCGUGGACACGGAUGGACGCUUCAUCUCCCACGCCGUCUCGGCUGACCGCCUGAGUGGGCUGCAGCACCGGCGCAGGAAGCGAGACGCGCACGAGCACACGGGGCCAGAGCACCACGAGACGCUCUUUUACAAUGUGACUGUUUUCGGACAGGAGUUUCACAUGCUCUUGAGGCGCAACUCGCGCUUGGUGGCCCCGGGGGCGACUAUAGAGUGGCAUGAGGAGGAUAACCAAACCCGGACAGAACCACUACUGCCAAGCAAAUGCCUAUACGUGGGCCAUGUUACUAACGUACCAGAUACUUCAGUGGCCAUUAGCAACUGUGACGGCCUGGCGGGUAUGAUCCGCGCGGGUCAGGAGGAGUUUUUCAUCGAGCCACUGGAGAGAGGAGGCGACAUGACAGGAGAGGAGGAGGGUGGAUCCGGGCGACAUCACAUCCUCUACCGCUCGUCUGACAUCAAGAAACCAGCCAUCAGUCAUGCAGACUACUUUCACCCCAGAGGUUCAGCACUGGGUGGUCUGGCUGGAGCGGAAGCCAUAUCCAAAGGGUUUCAUCCCAAAGUGAACAGCAGCAGACGUGCGCGGAGAUCGUACCAAGACGAGAUCUUCCACAUCGAGGUGCUCCUGGGAGUGGAUUGCUCCGUGGUGCAGUUUCACGGCCGAGAGCACAUCCAGAAAUAUCUGCUGACUCUCAUGAACAUUGUGAAUGAGAUCUACCAGGAUUCUUCACUCGGUGCUCACAUCAACGUGGUGCUGGUGCGAAUCGUGAUGCUCUGCUCAGCCAAGUCCAUGGGACUGAUUGAGCUCGGGAACCCGUCUCAGAGUCUGGAGAACGUGUGUCGCUGGGCUUUUCUGCAACAGAAAGAGGACGAGAACGAUGCAGAGUAUCACGAUCAUGCCAUCUUCCUUACUAGACAAGAGUUUGGACCAACGGGCAUGCAGGGUUACGCUCCAGUCACGGGCAUGUGUCACCCCGUGAGGAGCUGCACUCUGAACCAUGAGGACGGUUUCUCAUCUGCUUUUGUGGUGGCUCAUGAGACGGGACACGUAUUAGGGAUGGAACAUGACGGGCAGGGGAACGAGUGCGGAGACGAAGUGCCGAUGGGAAGCAUCAUGGCUCCGCUGGUGCAGGCCGCCUUUCACCGCUUCCACUGGUCCCGCUGCAGCCAGCAAGAGCUCAGCAAAUACAUCAACACUUAUGACUGUAUGCGCGACGACCCGUUCGAUCACGAUUGGCCGUCCCUGCCUCAGCUGCCCGGUCUGCAUUACUCCAUGAACGAGCAAUGCCGCUUCGACUUUGGCAUGGGGUACAUGAUGUGCACAGCGUACAGCACCUACGACCCGUGCAAGCAGCUGUGGUGCAGCCAUCCUGAGAACCCUUUCUUCUGCAAGACCAAGAAGGGUCCUCCCAUUGACGGCACCAAGUGCGCCACAGGCAAGAACUGCUUUAAGGGUCACUGUAUCAAGCUGACGUCGGACAUCCUUAGGCAAGACGGACACUGGGGGCAGUGGACUAAGUUCGGCUCCUGCUCACGUUCAUGUGGAGGAGGCGUCCGUUUCCGAACCCGCCAAUGUGAUAACCCCAUCCCGGCCAACGGAGGGCGCACAUGCUAUGGAAACAACUACGAGUUUCAGCUAUGUAACACUGACGAGUGUGACAAGGAUCUCGCUGAUUUCCGAGAGGAGCAGUGCAAGAUGUGGAAUCCGCACUUUGAGCACCAGGGGAUCAAGCACCAAUGGCUGCCAUAUGAACAUCCUGAUCCUGAGGAGCACUGCAACCUCUACUGCCAAUCUAAAGAAACCGGAGAUGUGGUCUCCAUGAAGAGGAUGGUACAUGAUGGCACACGCUGCUCAUAUAAGGAUCCCUAUAGCUUGUGUGUGAGAGGAGAGUGCGAGAAAGUGGGCUGCGAUAACGUGAUCGCGUCCGAGCUGGAGGAAGACAAGUGCGGCGUGUGUGGGGGGAACAACUCCACCUGCAAGAUCGUCAAAGGCAACUUCACGCGAAGCACCAGGAAGCCAGGUUUCCUGAAGAUCCUGGAAAUUCCCCGAGGAGCGAGGCACAUCCUGAUCCAGGAGUUUAAAGGAUCCCCACAUAUUCUCGCGGUGAAGAACCAGGCCACGGACGACUUGUUCCUGAACGACGAGGGCGAGUUUCCCGAGACCAGGUCGGUGAUCGAGAAAGGUGUCCUCUGGGAGUACAGCAACGACGAUGACAUGGAAUCAGUCCAGAGCACAGGCCCGCUGAGUUACGGGGUCCUCGUCAUGGUCCAGUCCCAUGGCACAUCCAAAGUCACUCUGUCCUAUAGGUACAUUCUACCUGAGGAUCCGUCAUCAUCAAUGGAGAACAGCUUACCUCAGGAAUACACCGCGUACUUCGAGUGGGCUCUUAAGAAAUGGUCCCACUGCUCCAAGCCAUGUGGUGGAGGUAAGCAGUAUACGCGGUUUGGCUGUCGCAGGAAGUCCGAUGGCAAGAUGAUGCACCGCACGUUUUGCGCCAACAUCCCCAAACCCCGUGCCAUCAGUCGGGCCUGUAACGUGAAGCAGUGCUCCGAGCCCGUCUGGGUGACUGGAGACUGGGAGGAGUGCAGUAAGUCAUGUGGUAAGACAGGGACUCAGACUCGACCGGUGCGCUGCGUGAGGCCUCAGGAAGACGGCACGCAAAAAGUGGUCAACUCCAAAUACUGCGGCGACGAUCGUCCUGAGGGCCGGCGCUCCUGUAAUCGCCACCUCUGUCCCGCUCAGUGGAGAACUGGACCGUGGUCCCUGUGCUCCGUCACGUGUGGAAAUGGAACCAAGGACCGUCUGGUUAUAUGUAGCACCGCUGACAACUCCAUCGGGAUCUGUAAGGACAAAAAGCCAGAAAAUGUCCAGAACUGUCAACUGACGCCAUGUCCGAGCGAUAAGGGGAACUUCCUGAUCCAGUGGCUUUCCAGAACCAACCCCGAGUUCCCGGCGCCCAAGAUCUCGUCAAAAGUGCGCUGUAAAGGAGACAAGUCAGUCUUCUGUCGCAUGGAGGCGCUGAAUAAGUACUGCUCGAACCCUGGAUACUGGCAGAUGUGCUGCAAAACCUGCAGCGAGAACAACUUCACGUCAAAUCUCAACGUGACCCUCACCACCGUGUCCCCACGGCCUCACCGUCUCUACACCACCCAGUCCGUCACCCACGUGUCCACCGCCAAACCCCGGAGACGCACGACGACCCCGAACCCCAUCCGCCUGAGCCGAGGAACCGCUCGGAGCUUCGUCCCGCAGGAAACGGACGGUCCGAGCGCCUCGUCCGAAGACGACGAAAUCACGGAGCCCUGGAGAGUCGAGAUCGUCACGGAGGUCCCCGAGUCCACGUCCAGGUUGGAGAACCUUUUACAAGCCACCACCGGAUAUCCGGUAACCGCGAAACCGGUUACGACGACGUCAGCGCCACCCGGGUUCCCGAGUGCGAGUCUUCCGAGUGUAGUAAAUCUGCAUUUAUCAGAAGACAGGAAGGAGAACGACUCCAUCGACGUGUCGUACAGAAUAGUAAACGUUAACGAAGUCACGAGUCAGAAUUAUUUCACGCCGAAAAAGCGAGAGAGAACGCAGAAUAAAAGAAUCCAGCAGCUUCUCGAGGAAAAACGGAGGCAAGACUUUCUCAAAAGAUUCAAACGGAAACCCGGAGACUGAUUUGAUCUGGCAGGAUUGUUUUUUUUUCUUUCUUUCCUUCUUCUAAAAGAACCACUUCAGUCUCCGAGAUGGAUUGUAACAUCUGUAUAAAAUUCACCUUCAGAACAUUUAUCUCUCAUUUGCAUUCGUCUCUGUUUUCAUAUGAAAGCUUUGCACUUUUUUUUCUCCUUCGCUCUCACUAUACACACCAUCCCGUCUUAAACGCCAAUAUAGUAGAGAUUCCUUUAACCUGGAAACGAAACAAACUUUUAUUAGUUUGUGUGAUUAUCCGCUCGGAAGGUCAAGAGCUUUGGUUAAUGUUCACAUCAAAACCUCAACACUGGGUGAAAAUGUUCUCCCAGGUUUUUUUUUUUUUGGGGGGGGGUUCGACUGUGACGUGGUUCUUGGUGCUAUUGUGAGUAUUUCAGAAAACUGCUGAUCUGCACACCACUAGACUCUGGAGUUUACUGAGACAUUCCAUCCAUUCUCUUUUAAUAUCUCACAUCAACAAGGUGCUUCUGCAAACAGAACUCAGGCCUCGUUCACACGUACAUUGGAAUUUGUAAUUAACAUUAAAAAAAAUUGUCAUAUAAAAAAUACGUCAUGUUUCGCUGCCCCACCUACUGUAUAAACCCAUGCUACUAGGGUUCAUACCAUAUAUUGAUUAUUUAUUGAGUACAUUCGAUUUGAUUUGCAUGGUUUAUUUAAGUUGACUGGAAUGACCGAUGAUGUGUCAGAACGUCCCAGCAUUGGUAAAACUACAGUAUAGGGAUUAUCGUCACAGAGGGCCUGGAGCCUUUGGGCAAUUUGGGAGCACCAAUUAACCUUAAUCUGCAUGUCUUUGGACUGUGGGAGUAAACCGGGACACCUGGACGAACCCAACCAAGGACAGCGAGAACGUGUAUACGCCACGCAGGUGGACCCGAGGCGGGAAUCGAACCCGGACCCUGGAGGUGCAAAGCGACAGCACUAACCACUUAGACACCUAUAGAGGUUCUAUUAAGAUAAAAGUUUAAAAAAGUGCUACCCCUGAUAAAACUGUAUUAUAUGAGGGCUAUCCAAGCUGACGAAAUUUCUCAUGAAUGAAGGCGCAAAAAAAAAAAAAAAUCUGCAUUUACAGAACACACUUCAAGUACUGUAGAUCUGGGUGGUGCAAACAUUUUACAAAAGGCUGUAAGUCCGUUAAUUAAUUAAUCAUGAACACCACUUGCAUAUUGCAGGAACUCAGCUGGGAGUUAAGCCAUUUUAACAUUUUUAAGGCGUUAAAGGAGUUCCUGGUAGGCCAGUGU